AUGUCAGCACGUUCCAUUUACUUCUUCUUUCUCCUUGUGUUCAUCAUUUUCUUUCUCUACCUGUUCCCCAACAUCAGCCAUCUUUCCAUUACCUCUUCUUCCAGUCAGACACAGAAUAACCCUGUCCACAUCCUCAUCCUAUCCUCAUGGCGUUCUGGGUCUUCCUUUGUUGGACAGAUCUUCAAUCACCACCAUAACGUAUUUUACCUCUUUGAACCUGGAUAUUCAGUAUGGAUGAGGUUCAAGAAAGAGAGUGCCGCACUACUUCACUACCCAGUUAGAGACCUCUUCCGCUCUCUCUUUACCUGCGAUGUUUCACCUCUCCAACAAUACCUUCCUAAUGGCGGUCAACACAUAUCAGACAUGGGAUUCUUCACAGAGAGCCGCGCUCUAUGCUUUCCUCCAGCUUGCUCAGCUUAUAUCCCAUCUGAAGGAUUCGAUCGUCAGACAUGUUUCCACCGCUGUAGAAAUGCCACCUUGGAUAAAAUGGAAAAGGCAUGUAGGAUGUACAGUCAUGUGGUGAUGAAAACAGUAAGAGUCCUAGAUCUUUCUGUUCUCCUCCCGCUUUUCCAAGACCCUGCACUUGAUCUUCGGAUCCUUCACCUUGUGAGAGACCCUCGGGCUGUAGCUUCCUCAAGAAAAUACUUUAGCCUGAGUGUGGAGAACCUAAUAGUGCUUAAGGGAAUCAAUAAAGACAAUAAGGUCACAACUGAUCAGGUCAUGAUGAAAAUCUGCAAUGCUCAGGUUUCCAUAAACCAAGUGGCAAAAGCAGUAGGACAUUUAUUGCCCAGGCGAUAUAUGCUUAUCCGAUAUGAGGAUCUGGUGAGAGAGCCUAUUUUCAAUGUCAAACAAAUGUACGAUUUUGCUGACCUUAAAUUAAAUGACAAACUCGAGGGAUGGAUUUACAAUAUCACUCACGAUAAAGCUAAACCAAAAGGUAGGUUUAUGUCAUUUUCCAAGCAGUCCGCAAAAGUAGCCCAAAAGUGGAGAACUGUAAUGGACUUCCAGAAGGUAAAGGAGAUUGAGCAGAACUGCAAAGCAGCCAUGGAUUUAUUUGGUUACCUUCCGGUGCACUCAAUAAACGAUCUGAAGAACAUGAGUUUAGACCUCAUAAUAUAA